AUGAUUACGAAACAACGAUUAAUAUUGCCUCGGAACGUGGAGAUUACGGAUUUAUGUAUUGGAACUUGGAAUGUGCGAUCAAUGUAUAGGACUGGAACAUUGACGACUGUCGUAUCGUGUCUUGAGCGAUACAGACUGGAUAUAACAGCAGUUCAAGAAAUAAGGUGGGAAGGAUCUGGUAGUAUAAAGUCACAAGGAAAUACAAUUUUAUAUAGCGGUGGAGAAAAACACGAAAGAGGAGUAGGCUUUAUUAUUAAGGACAAAUUUUUGCCGAAUGUUGUCAAGUUUGAACCAAUAAGUGAUAGAAUUUGCUAUAUAGAAUUUAAAUGCAAAUGGUUUAACAUAGUAAUUGUAAAUUGUUACGCGCCAACAGAGGAUAAAAGCGAAGAAGUAAAGAAUGCCUUUUACGAUGAGCUAGACAGAGUAUGUGAUGGGCUAUCUUCGGGGAAGCCAAAAAUUAUCAUUGGUGACUUCAAUGCGAAAGUCGGAAGAGAAAGGAUAUACAGACCAACUAUUGGAAUAAACAGUUUGCAUAGUGAGUCCAAUGAAAAUGGAAACAAAUUGAUUUCAUUUGCAGCAGCAAGAAACAUGGUCAUAAGCAGUACAAUGUUUCCGCACAAAAACAUCCAUAAACAGACCUGGAUAUCACCCUGUGGAAGGAUAAGAAACCAAAUAGAUCACAUAGUUGUUGACAGGAGAAUAAGAUCAAACGUUGAAGAUGUAAGAAGUAUGAGGGGUUGUAGUGCGAUAUCGGAUCACUUCCUGGUAAAGGCAAGGUACAAACUAAAAAUUUCAGUGAAUUGGCAGAAGAAACAGAGUAUCAAAAAAAUUAACAGAGAGCUACUAAAUGGAAACCAAGCAAAGGAAUAUCAGGGAAAAUUGAACAAAUACCUUUCAAGCGCUGAACAUGAAGCAAAUAUUAUGGGGAAGAAUAGAAAAAGCGGUUAA